AAAGCCCCCGCGAGAUACUUUCCUCUUGUAUAAGAAGAUCCCUCUUUUAUAGAAUCUACCUCUAAUAAUAACCAAUAAUCCUAUAUCGCCAAUACUCUUCCACACUCUCUCUUUACAUACAUAUAUAUAAAUAUAUAUACACUACAGGACUAUAAUAGAUUUAAUCAGAGAAGAAAAAACACAAAUAGGAACUGGGCUGUAAUUUAAAAAAAAAAAAAAAUUAAAUUAAUAAGAUGGACAUGGAAGAGCGGAAGCCAAAGGCACUGACUCGGCUCAACACGUUCGUCGCCAACAGCCGAGUCGGGAAGCGAUUCAAACUCACCGAACGAAACUCCAACUUCACCACCGAGCUACGAGCAGGCACGGCUACUUUUCUCACCAUGGCUUACAUCCUCGCCGUCAACGCCUCAAUCCUCACCGACUCCGGCGGUCCUUGCAGCAUCUCCGACUGCAUCCCUCUCUGCUCCGACCCGUCCAUCCCCGUCAUCAACUGUACCAGCUCAAAUCUCACCGUUAUCCAACCUGACUCAACAUGCAAGUUCGACCCCGUCAACCCGGGAUACACCGCUUGCUUAGAGAAAGUACGGAAAGACCUCAUAGUCGCCACCGCAGCUUCGUCCCUCAUCGGCUGCCUCAUAAUGGGUAUCUUCGCGAAUCUUCCUCUUGCUCUGGCUCCCGGAAUGGGUACUAACGCCUACUUCGCUUACACCGUAGUCGGGUUUCACGGCUCGGGUAAUGUCUCAUACGAGAGCGCGUUAACUGCCGUUUUCAUAGAAGGUUUGAUCUUUUUACUCAUCUCGGCAGUUGGGUUUCGUGCCAAACUUGCCAAACUCGUCCCAAAACCGGUCCGGAUCAGCUCCUCUGCCGGAAUCGGACUCUUCCUGGCUUUUAUUGGGUUGCAAAACAACCAGGGAAUCGGGCUAAUUGGGUACAAUUCAUCGACCCUUGUGACACUCGGAGCCUGCCCUCCCUCCGCACGGGUAUCACUUGCGCCCGUGAAAACGUUUGCUAACGGAACGGUAUCUCUGAUCAAAGGCGGAGGGGUCUCGGGGGCGAUCAUGUGCAGCCGAGGGCGAAUGGAAAGCGAGACAUUUUGGCUGGCAAUGGUAGGCUUCGUUAUCAUCGCAUACUGCCUGGUAAAAAACGUUAAGGGAGCUAUGAUAUACGGCAUCGUUUUUGUGACGGCAGUUUCGUGGUUCCGAAACACGAGCGUGACGGCGUUUCCCAACACCGCUUCGGGGGAAACGGCGUACCGUUACUUCAAGCAGGUGGUGGACGUUCACCCGAUAGAGAAAACGGCGGGGGCCCUGAGUUUCAAGAGCAUGGGAAAAGGGCAUUUUUGGGAGGCGCUUGUAACGUUUCUAUACGUGGAUAUACUAGACACGACCGGAACCUUGUAUUCGAUGGCGCGUUUCGCUGGUUUCGCUGACGAAAACGGCGACUUCGAGGGACAAUACUUCGCUUUCAUGUCCGACGCCACAUCAAUCGUGGUGGGGUCCCUAUUAGGCACGUCACCCGUAACGGCGUUUAUUGAGUCGUCUACGGGAAUAAGGGAAGGUGGACGAACGGGACUAACGGCGAUCACGGCGGGCGGGUACUUUCUGUUGGCCUUCUUUUUCACGCCGUUAUUGGCUUCGAUACCGGCGUGGGCGGUGGGACCACCGUUGAUUUUGGUGGGUGUGUUGAUGAUGAGAUCUGUGAUGGACAUUAACUGGGAUGACAUGAGAGAUGCGAUCCCAGCGUUCGUUACGUUGAUUUUAACACCGUUGACUUAUUCGAUUGCAUAUGGGCUGAUUGGAGGGAUCAGUACCUACGUGGUGCUUCAUCUAUGGGAUUGGGGAUUUGCACUAUUGGCAAGAUUUGGGAUUGUAAAGGGCGUAGAAAAUGGUAUUGUUGGUGGGGUGAAUGGGUCACAUAAUAAUCAUCAUUCUAUAGAAGAUGCAAGUGUAAAAGAACUUCAAGCUUAAGUUUUAGAAUCUCAUACAACAACAUGAGCAUAGGAGAUUGUUUUUUUUCCUUCCUUUUUUACCAAUUACAUAUAAAAUUCACCUAUAUUGGGUAAUGUUCAAAAAAAUUAAUUUUGGAUGUAGGAAAUUAUUUGGGUGGGAAAAAUUUAUUCAUGUUUUAUGUAAAUGGUAUUUAGUUUGUACUAUAAAUAUAUAUAUAUAUAUAUGUGUGUGUAUGUAUAUGAUCAUUUUAACCUUUUUCUCACUUAUUAAUGAAUGAAUGCAUGCUUGUCUAAUGUCUA